AUGAGUGCCUCUAUUAUCUACAAGGUUAUCAGGUGUGAAGAUCGCAAAGAAAUUCCAAUUCUGACGGAAGAUAAGUCGAAUUCUAGCUUGGAAAUCAGCGAGGAAAUCAAAAUCAAAGUUUCUAAUUGGAUGGAGGUCCGCUGUCUCCGCUUGAAGCUCUUCAAGAUUUUUGCUGCAGUGAUUUCAGGAAAAACAAAAGGAUAUACCCGCACUAUUUGGCAACUCCAGAAUGAUUUGACGACCAAAGAUGAAGGCUUCAAUCACCAUGAAGCGACAGCGUCUUCAGUCACCAGCGAUGAAGACUUCAGCACAGAAAAUGCUUGGGAUCUCUUUGUUCAAGCAAUGACGAAGCUUACAAAUGAACAAAUGUUAGUGCCGAACAAA